GUUAGUUCAAGACGUUAGCCGUGCGCACACGCCAUGCGCGCGGUUUCCUAACCUCACUCCCGUACUUUGUUAUUUGAAAAAGAAAAUAUAUAAACAUAGAGCGGUUAAUAAUAAUGUUUAAUCUAUAAAUAAGUUGAUAAUAAUAGAAAAUGUCGGACACCGAGGAUAAUGCCAACGAAUUUGGCAGUACUGAAAGACUGAAUGAGGUGAAAUCUUUUAUAACAGCUAAAAGUAAUGGCACGAGUGACACAAAUACUGAGACGCAGAGGUUCACCGUGGAUUCUGAGAAACUCAACGAAGUUGCUUUCGAAGAUGCAUUCAAAGUUACAGGUCACGGCAAGUUCAACCACCUCGUGCUGCUGACGUGCGGGCUGAUCCUGCUGAACGUCUCCAUGGAGACGGUGGGCAUGUCCUACGUCAUCACCGCCGCGGAGUGCGAGCUCCGCCUCACCAGCCAUCACAAGGGGAUGGUGACCGCCGCAGCCUUUAUAGGUAUAAUAAGCACGUCGUUCCUAUGGGGCUACCUGGGCGACAAGCGAGGCCGGCGCGCGGUGAUGCUGCCGGCCAUGGUCACGUCUGCAGCCUUCUCCGUGGCCUCAUCCUUCUCCACCAACGUCUGGAUGCUGGCCGCGCUGAGGUUCCUUACAGGCUGUAUGGUAUCGGCGUCGAGCGCGACGGUGUACGCGUACCUUGGCGAGAUGCACUGCAACACCAAGCGCGCCGCCGCCAUCGCCUGGGGCUCCGUCUUUAUCUCCUUCUCCUUCAUCAUUCUGCCCGGUCUAGCAUGGCUCAUCAUCCCUGGCAAAUGGUCUUUCGACCUCUUCGGGUUCACGGUGGUGCCAUGGCGAGUGUUCAUCUGGUCGUGGUGCGCGCCGGGUCUGCUGGGAGCCAUGGCACUGCUGUGGCUGCCGGAGAGCCCUAGGUACCUGUUCUCCUCCUGCGGACCAGAGAAGGCGCUGCCGGUUCUGGCGAGGAUGUACGCUUGUAACCAUAAUAGCAGGAGUGAGAAGUUCCCGGUGGAGAAGAUCACGUCAGCGGAAGUGACCAAGUCUGGCGGCUUCGUGGGCGCGAUCAAGAACAUCUCGCUGCUGUUCCGGCCGCCGCUGCUGAGGUGUGUGAUCAUAUCGCACACGCUCAUGUUCGCCAUCUUUAUGCUGUCGAGCGGUCUGUACCUGUGGGUGCCGGACAUCCUCAACAACAUGCUGCAUAGCACCAGCAACAGCAGCCUCACCAUCUGCCAGAUCAUACACGAAAAGUUCCAGGCCGCUUCUAAUCAUACUACGCUAAACGUGACCCAAGUGUGUCGGUCGGACGUCCGUACUGGCGUGUUCGCGAUCUCCAUGGGCAUGGGCGCGGUGUUCGCCGUCACGUAUCUCGCGAUUGGGGUCUUUAUCAGCAAAGUGGGGAGAAAGACGUUGUACUCUUGUAUAAUGGUGGCGUGUGGGUUCUGCACGGUGUGCGCGGCGUUCGUGCCGCAGGGCGGGGCUGCCACGGCGCUCUUGGUGCUGGCACUGUGCUCCGGCUGCGCGGCCUCCAUCCUGGCUGCUAUCGCCGUUGACGUCUUCCCCACUUGCCUAAGGGCCAUGGCAAUGUGCACGAUGUACAUGAUAGGGCGGACGGGCGCGGCGGUGGGCUCCAACCUGCUGGGAGCCACACUCAAUAUGCACUGUCAACUGGCUUUCUCCUUCUUCGGCGUAUUUACCGCAGGAACAACCCUACUCAUACUAUUUUGGCCGAAACCGGAAGUGGUGCGAGCAAAAAUGGAACAAAAAGGUCUUACAUACUAGAAUAACUAGAUUUUAGAUAGUCUUAACUAUUGAGUAACGUUUAAUGUAAGUAACGGGUAGUUAAUAUUUGUAUAAGUUUUCUAAAUAUAUAAUAAUAUUAUAAUAACCGUUUUAAGACUGAAUU